CUUUUUCCAUCCCAUCGAAAUUUACACGAGAUGAAGAAUCGAUAAUCGGACACAAUUUGUAUUCAGAUUAACUUAAUAAUGGACAUUCAUCAAUUAGCGACAGUGUUUUCCUCAACUUUCGACCCAAAUCUGCGCCAGGAUGCCGAGAAACGCUUGGAAGAAUUAAAGUUUCAUCCAGGRUUUGUAACCAUGCUCCUUCAUCUAAUAAUGUCCAAUGACAUCCAACUUCCUGUAAGACAAGCCGCCUGUAUCUACCUAAAAAACAUGGUUAUUCAGUACUGGAAAGACAGGGAUCCCAAUGACUUUCCUGAUGGCGACAUCCCAUUCGUUGUACCUGAACAAGACAAGGCCUUCAUGAGAGAACAUGUCAUACAAGCAGUGAUCAAUGCACCUGACUUGAUUCGGGUCCAGCUAACAGUAUGUGUUGGUCAGAUGUUAAGGCAUGAUUUUCCACAAAAAUGGCCGUCUAUUAUAGACAAAGUGAACAUGUUUUUGACCAGUGGUAACCAGGCUGCAUGGAUGGGGGCAUUGCUGUCACUUUAUCAAGUUGUCAAGAAAUACGAAUUUAAGAAAGUAGAAGAACGACCGCCAAUCAUCAACAUCAUGGGSACCAUGUUACCAAUACUUUACAACCACUGCGUCACUGUUAUWAAUGAUGAAUCUGCUCAUGCUGUGUCCAUACAGAAGCAAAUUUUGAAGAUAUUUUAUUCUUUAAUCCAGUGUAAUAUGCCACUGGCCAUCAUCAAUGAGGAAAAUUUCCCCAAAUGGAUGCAGAUUUUCCAAACCAUUGUUGACAGACCAGUCCCUGCAAUAUAUUUGAGGAUUUUGUGUCUCCUGUUGUUGCUGCAUCAACGCUUCUUCACACUGCUGUUUCGAAGAGAAAACAAGCUUGCUGGAUGCUUCAUGUUUUUGGCGACAUUGAAUUCAAGAAUGAUAAUAACUUAGCCAAGGCUGUGGAUUCUGCAAGGCUGUGUUUGAUAGAAGAUAAAGAGGUGCCUGUGAAGGUCGAGGCUGCUAUAGCACUACAGUUUCUUAUCACAGGACAGGAAAGAGCAAAAGACCACAUAGAGCCACAUGUACGAGGUGUGAUAGUUGCUCGAAAAGGCAUUCAAAUAUUCCAUCCAUUGUCCGUAUAUAUUAGAAUUGCUGAAAAUCAUCAUGUUACCGUGAAACGCCAUCGCUACAGCACGAAAAGGCANGACGUCUUCUCGAUAAUCAAUACAUGUACUUGCUUUGAAAUCUCACCACAAAUGUGGUCUCUAUAUUUCUUGGUCUAUGAAGCCUUUGAAAGAGAUGCUUUUGACUUUUUUGCUGAAAUGAUGCCGGUGCUUCACAACUUUAUCACAGUGGAUACCCCAGCAUUCCUUUCGAACCCUAAACAUGUGGAAAUUAUUUAUAAAAUGUCGAAAAAGAUGUUAACCGAAGACCCUGGGGAAGACGACCAGGUUAAUGCAGCUAAACUUCURGAAGUUACAAUACUGCAAUGCAGAGGAGAGAUAGAUCAGUGGAUUCCGUUUUUUGUGGAAGCUGCCCUUGAAAGGUUAACGAGGGAAGUCAAAGGGAGCGAACUCAGAACAAUGUGCUUGCAAGUGGCAAUAGCUGCACUGUACUACAAUUCACCACUGCUUCUCAGCAUUCUAGAAAAGCUUCAGUUCCCAAAUACACAAGAGACUGUAACUGCRCAGUUCUUCUCCCAAUGGAUCCACGAUGCUGAUUGCUUCUUAGGCCUUCAUGAUCGCAAGAUGUACGUACUUGGAUUCUGUUCGCUAUUUGACACAACCAAGGAGGAUUUGCCGCAAGCGAUAAUCAUGCAAAUAGCGCCUCGAAUCGUGCCUUCACUUCUCUUGGUAUUUGAUGGAAUCAAACGAGCUUAUGAAUACAGACAAGAGGAUGAAGAAGACAGUGACGAUGAAGACGAAGACCUUGAAGGCGAAGACGAACUAGAAAGUGAUGAAGAUGAAAUCAAUGAAGAUGAUGUUGAAUAUAUUGAAAAUCUUGCAAAAAAGGCUUCAGAUCACCUUGAUGAAGAUGACGAUGAAGACGAAGAAGAGACACCGUUAGAGUGCUAUACAACUCCAGUUGACGCUGAAAGCAUGGACGAAUAUAUUGCUUUUAAAUCGACCCUCAUGGCUUUACAAACGCGUGAUCCACAUUGGUAUUCCGCCAUGAUGACACCACUGACCACAGAACAAAAAUCAGAAUUACAGCAAGUGUUUAAUCAAGCUGAUCAGAGAAGUGCAGCCGCUGAAUCCAAGCGCAUCAAAGCACAGGGAGGAUACAACUUUGCCAACGUGACAGUACCUUCGUCCUUCAACUUCGGAUCAAAAAACAGUUGAAAACAUGUCAAUCUCUGCCGAACACUAGAAUUGCUGACUACCUGUAACGUGCUCCAGGAAAGCAAAGCUUUUACAGUGCCGAAUUACCACAKUGAACUGGUCACAUCAUUGGACUUUUAUCAAAUUAAAAGMUAAAUUGCUAUUUAAAGAACAAUCAGUCACGCAAUCCAUUCUUUUAUUGCUGYUGCAUUCCYAAGAAACCUUUUCAUCGGGCUUUCUAUUUAUAUGAGAAUUUGGUCACGCAAUCUGAUCUUUUGUUAAGGUACCACAACAGCUUACGACGAAACUACUUGGCCAGUAGAGCAGAAUUGCUUUCUUUUUUAAUUCUUUUAGUCACGAAAUCCAGUCUAAGAUACAGUAUCGUGACGGAAAGUGUCUUGGAAAUAGAGUACUAAAGUGAUGACGUCACAAAACGAAAAUGUUCGGGUUUUGACAUUUGCCCUCCAUAUUCUGAAAAUGCAUCAUUUUUAAUGCAUCCUUGCUAAACAUGAGURUCUUAGUGUCAUUUAUAGCGGAGAUAUAGUGAUUUUAUGGUCGGGUGACCACAAACGCUUGUAAAUUUGGUCUUGUUCAUAACGAAAGGAACAAGAACAAAUUUAAAAGCGUUUGUAUGUGGUCAUCCGACCAUAAAAUCGCUUGGAUCUCCGCUAUAAAUGGCACUAGGACACUGAAAUUUGAUAGAUAGCUUCUUUUUUCCAUGCGCUUUAAGGAUAUGUCAAAGAGGACAAGCCUCUACUUGUAGGAUAUGCAAAUGUUUAAGGGUACUCAUUUGAUGGGAUGAUUUCUUUUGCUUCAAGGCCCUCCCACACUGCAGCUUAACUGUAUUUCGAAUGAAUUUUUGUCAGCACGAGCUCCGAAAAACAUUCAGUUAACACUAUAAAUGCUAUUUACAUAAAAAGCGUCGAAAAUAAAAGGUAUUGAGUGAACAACAAUGUCACCAAAAUGAUGUUAUUGAACUCAAGCGAUAAUGUCAGGAGAAAUUACCCGAAGAAACAGCCACUUCUGAUAAUUUUCGCAAGAAUCAUUUCCAAUCUGCAAACGGUCUCGGCACAUAACAGAAAAUGCCAAUUUUAGAKAGCUCAAGCCAGGAGCCCACUUUUAUUCCUUAUAAACCGAGAAACAUCAGAAUUGGAAAACACUUUUCUACAUUAACAUAAAGAUAACAUGGCGUAUGUAGAACGCAUGAAAAAUAAAAGUGAACUUGAAU